AUGAUCGACGCCGACAGUUUGCGUACAGCAUCCGCCUACAUCAACAACCAGCUGCUCUCCCGAGGCCUGCUGCGAGACGGCGACUCCAUCGAUUUCGCCGCCGCGAGACUGGGCGACCAUGACCAGGACAGCGCGGCCGUCGCAGGACGCAUCAUCGGGAUACUAAAUGACCUGAUACUCCGCCGAGACCGCGAUGCCGAGCAGCGGGAGUCUCUCUCAACCGCCAUGCGAGCGCUGCGGGCGGAAAAUCUCAAACUCGCCAGCGACGUGGCCCGGCUGGCCGACAAGCACGCGGAAACGCAGCGCAAAGCCGACAUCGCGGCCGCCUCCGAGACGACGCUCAGGACGCAGCUCAAGUCGGCCGAGGCGAACGCCAAAGCCCUGAAGGACGAAGUGGCGCGCAUGAAGUCGCUCGUAGCGCAGUGCCGCGCGUCGUGCGCCACGGAAAUCCGCCGCAGAGACCGCCAGAUGGACACGCUGAAGAAGCAGCUAGGGGAAGCCGGGCGAUCCCGAGGUUCCAGGGGCAACCCGGCCAUCACGACAAUCACCGUUGCCGGCGAGGUUGGCCGACGCGGGGACAACACGACGACGAGCGCCGGGGUUUCCGGCGGUGGCGUGGAACUUGAUGGCGAGACCAACGCAAGCCUGGCCAAUCUGGCUCGGCAUGUCGCCGAGGAGAACGAGGUGUUGCUCGCCAUGCUGCAACGUGCCAUGGCGGAGCUGCGAGACAUGAGCGGCUGGCAGGGAGACGAUGACAGGGCAACCACCAACCCGGUGCGCAGAAACCCUACGUGCCAAGACGUGGCUGCGGAGCUGGACCCCAUCAUGGACCACGUGAGGUUAGUCCUCACGAACCCGUCCUUUGUGCCCAUCGAGGAAGUCGUCAUGCGGGAGGAGGAGAUCAACCGGCUCAGGUGCGGCUGGGUGAAGAUGGAGGCGCGAUGGAAGGACGCCGUCCAUCUCAUGGACAGCUGGCGGAAGAGAAUGGCGGCCGGCGGGAAGCCCGUGUGCGACGAGGAGCUCCAGGCGGGCUUGCGUCUGAGCCCUGUCCGCGCGCGGGCUGCCGAGGGAACGCGAGGGGCGGGGGACGUUGGCCUCUCCGCGGUCAAGGAGGAAUGCGAGGAACAGGCCGACGAGCUGCUGCGCUCGCCUUGUCCGGCCAACGGAGAGCAUGGCGACGGGCCGCCAGACGGGAGCGAAAGCGAAAGCGAAGGCGACAUGACAGACUACGAGGACGUUGCGGCAGCGGACCGCCCGCUUUCGAUACCUGGUGGUGGUGGUGGCGGUGGCGGCGGCGGCGAGGAUGGACAAGAAGCAGCGAAAGCGCCAGGUGGGCAAGAUGCCGAGGCUUGGCACCUCCAGCACGCGCCCCUGCUAGACGCAGCACCGCGGCCGAGCCCUCUCGAAGACGCAAGCUCGGCUGGCAACAGAGGGGUCUCGCACGACGACGAGACAAGGUCGCAGCGCGGCAGAGUCGUCAGCACCAAGGGCGGCACAGCUGGCGGCGACUCCGGGGCGAAGUCGGGGUCCAUGAGAUGCCUGCCUGUCCGUCCGAGGGCUGCGGCGUCGCAGUCGAGGCUUUCGAGCAGAGCACCACGGGAUGCCGGCCUGCAACUGCCCGGGCGGGAUGCCGAGGUCUCUGCACCGGACGGCGAAGGCGGGCCAACAGGGCAGGAAACGCAGACAACAGGACCGGCAAGAACAGCAGCAGCAGCAGCAACAAAGACAGCAACAACAGCAACAACAGCAGCCGCAGCAGCAACAACGUCACCAACAACAGCUACAGCAACAGCAACAGCUACAGCAACAACGAGUCAGUGCAGCAUGAACGACGCGACAGCCGCAGGCGCUGCUCAAACAAGCGUCUCCCCAGCCACCCGCACCAUUGCCGCCAAACUGGCCGCAUCGGAAAAGGACGCAGACGCCGCCCGCGUGCGAGCCAAGCUCAAGGCGGCCCGCACCUCCACCCGGGGUGUCUCGCGGCCUCCGAUGGCGCUCUCCACGGCCAGCGAGCCCGCGUUCCGACCGGGGGCGCAAUCGCCGCCGGCGGACGGGGCAGCCGACGCAAAGCAGCCUGGCGACGGUGCCGGCAGGCCCGCAGGGAAGAGGAAGCGAGACCGCCAGCUGGGCAAGACGGCAUCGAGGCGCCGCAGCACGCUUAGCCCGCGGGAGCUGGAGACGCUUAUAUCGGGCAGAGCAGAGGGCGCUGCGGCAGGACGCGGGGGGGGUGCGAUGUAG